GCGUCGACGCGCAGUCGCCAGGUGAGGCAACGACGACGACGUGUUCGCCUCGUUACGCUCAGCCGGGGAAACAUACGGUUAGUGUUGCAAAGAACUUUGCGACUUUCGACGCAAAGACGUUCCGUCCGAGCGUGCGGCCAAGAAACGGAAAGAGAAAGAGAUACGGCGAGAAGUAAAGUAUUAUCUCGAACAUCGAAUCUGCCCGCGGACCUCGAUUUUUCAGUUAUUCCAGGUGUGCUCUCGAGUUAAAUCGCCAUUGCCAUAACCUCAAACCGUCGCGUUCGCCGUUCCGUGAAAAAACAUGUCGCGCGUAGUGGAUAAUCAGUGAAUAAUCAGUGAUAAAGACGUCUCGGCAUCGAGACGUCGUGCGAGUGUGUGCACGAUCGAAACAGCAGGAGGAGAAAGGAGGGAAGAAGGAGCAAGAAUCAACGAGCCGCUUCAGAGCUGCCAGGUGCGCGGCUCCCACGGGAAUAAUGACGGGGACAAGGACAGGAGGAGAUGGCGGAGGAGAAGGAGGCUCGCCGAAUAUCCUGGUCGCCCUUUAUGUGGCGACCGCUGGCCUUCAAGGAAAUGCGCUCGGCUCUGACGAGGAAGAGAUCACGCUACUCGUUUACGUGCUCAUCAACGAGCUACAGAAUAAGGUACUAGGUAGGCAGCAGUAUAUCGUACGACCGAUGAUAAUGGAGGAAAGUUGUACUUCUGGAACCGGUAGUGACAACCCGGCGAUUGCCGGAAGUAGCGGUAUCAUUGGCGAGGCAGCGCUGGCACAUGCUCCAGCCUUGACUGAACGAAAUCUUCGAGAAUACGGGAUACCUCUGCAGCAAGCUAUCGAAAAGUUUGAAGCCUGGUGGAUCUCCAUGUCUGGUGUCACAUUUGGUGCUAAACCACGAUUCGUCGUAGAUGGCCAGGCGCCAAUGAGGCAGUGUCUUCAUCCGGAAGCCUGCAACAAAGAUAUCGAACUGCCGGAACACUAUAAUUAUUUCCACGAUCUCCGGAAGGAAUUCGUAGAGUGCUAUUCAUCUUAUGGAGAAUUAUCCACCCUUGGAGUACAAGAAAUGCUGCAAUAUUUUGGUCUGCCGCCUGAUACCGACAAUGAUUUUCAUGUUAAAGAAAUACAGGAUAUGGUGAACGUGAUACAGAGAAUGAUCAAAGAUGGCCACGUUUUUAAAAAUCCAGAGGUAGUUAACAUUGUCUUAGAACCCGGUAUAUGCUCUAAGGAUGAAGAGGUGGACAAUGACUGUGUAGUAAGAGCACGUGGUCUUCCUUGGCAAUCUUCGGAUCAGGAUAUUGCAAAGUUUUUUCGUGGAUUAAAUGUUGCCAAAGGUGGUGUAGCUCUUUGUUUAAGUCCUAUGGGAAGACGUAACGGCGAGGCAUUGGUACGAUUUAUUAACAAAGAACACAGAGACAUGGCGCUGAAACGACAUAAACUUCAUAUGGGUCCACGUUACAUAGAGGUUUACAAGGCCUCUGGAGAAGAUUUUGUUGGCGUUGCUGGUGGUACGAGUGGGGAGGCGCAUGCUUUUCUGUCACGUGGGGCUCAAGUUAUCGUUAGAAUGAGGGGCUUGCCAUAUGAUUGCAUUGCUAAACAAGUGCUGGAAUUUUUUCAAUCCGGACAAAAACCAUGCCAAGUGUUAGAUGGUGAGGACGGAGUGUUGUUUGUAAAGAAGCCUGAUGGUAGAGCAACAGGUGAUGCUUUUGUAUUAUUUGCAAAGGAGGAGGAUGCCGUAAAAGCUCUAAGCAAACAUAGAGACUGUAUUGGUAGUCGAUAUAUAGAACUCUUUCGAAGUACAACCGCAGAAGUGCAACAAGUCUUAAAUAGAGCAACUGAUCCAAAACAAGUAAUACUACCACCACCACCUAUCACACAACUUCCACCCUUGCUUCCUCAACAUAUCAUUACAUCUGGCACACGUAAGGAUUGUGUUAGACUCCGUGGUUUGCCUUACGAAGCACUCGUAGAGCAUAUUUUGGAAUUUAUGGGCGAACAUUCCAAAAAUAUUGUCUACCAGGGUGUUCAUAUGGUUUACAAUGCACAGGGUCAACCAUCUGGUGAGGCAUUUAUUCAAAUGGACAGUGAGGCAUCGGCAUAUGCGUGCGCAUCGCAGCGACACCAUCGGUACAUGAUCUACGGCAAAAAGCAGCGAUACAUCGAAGUGUUCCAGUGCAGCGGCGAUGAUAUGAAUUUGGUAUUGACAGGUGCGGUAACACCACCCUCGACCAAGGCGCUACUAUCACCCGGUACGUUGACCACACAAACUUCCGCGACUUUGACGCAUCCGUCUGCGCCGACAGCGAUGCCGGUACCGGUACCGACAGCGCAACCACCACCACCCCUAUGGGACAUUCACGCGCUGGUACAGGCCCAAGCCGCGCAGCACGCGCAAGCGCAGGCCGUCCAGGCGCAAGCCGCCCAGGCACAGGCUAUUAGGAAUCAGGAUUUGUGGUUGAUGGCUUUGGCGUCGAACUCGUGUCCCACCUCGACCCCUGCUUCACCUACUCCGACUGCCGCUGCUGCCGCCACGAGCAAGUCUCUCGCUUUACAAAGCCAGAUUCCUGCCGCUUACGCGAUGGCAUCUCCGACGGCCGCCGCGGUCGCAGCCGCUGCGGCAUUUCAUGCGCCAUCGGCAAACUCGGCGGCAGCAGCAGCGGCAGCGGCAGCAGCGCCAUUUUUGCUUUUCAACGUUCAUCCCCAUCAUCCCCGUAUACCCUUUUUACGAGCGCCGACGUCGCAUGGGUUAUUGACACCUAUCGCUAUGGCCGCUACGCCGACGUUAAAUCCGGCCUCAAUAAUAAGCUUGAAACGAACAUGGGAUGCCACUUUUCCCGCUAACGCGGCGAACAACGUCGGUGCAAAACGCCCAGCCUGGCACGCACCGGCUGCAGCGUUUCACGCGCCGGCUCCGGCCACGACGCCCAGCUUGCCUUACCCAGCUCAAUUUUAUCCCCAAAUCUGAUUGGUCUCUAGCUUGUUUUUAUAAAUCUUCUAGGAUUUCAUGUAAGGAGAGUGAUAAUAAUCAUCUCGUUUCUCCACUGAUGAUUCUCUGUUGAAUGAGCGAGAAUUUCUCAUUCGCGCGAAAUAUAUAUUCGCCGUUGCUACUAUUGCUGAAGAUCGCCAAUUGUUACGACUUAUUUUUUAACAAAUUUAUAUAUAUUCUUAGCGAAUACAUAUUAUAAUUAUUCGCGAUAUCUUCGUGACAUUCCGUUUCAUAUUCCGAGCAAGUUUAACAGAACGUCAUUUACAACGUUUGUCCAAAUAAUAAAGAAUAGUUUUGGAGUUUUUUUUAUAAAUUCCGGCGUUUUUUUACUUAUACGACGGUACUUAAAAUGAUUCCGCGAAAUCCGAUUUAUUUUUCUUAUCCUGAUGCAUUUAGGCAGCAAGCUUAAUUUUAGUAAACAUGUUAAUUAUAUUGAUAUAUAUAUAUAUAUAUAUACACAAAAUAUGGUAUAUAUAAUUCCACUUAGCGUGCGCAUAUAUUCUUUUUUUUGUAACUCACGGAGAAUUCGUGUUCACAGAGUGCCUAAGAGAGAUCAUGUCAUAAAAAAUUCACGUUUACUUUACGUGAACGUAAAGUGCCUUAUUUAAAGUAACAUAAAUAUGAAAUAUUUUGUCUAAUUCUCUAAAUUUUAAUGAGCUACAUGUAUGUAUGUAUUUUUUUAUAUAUACAUAUAUGCAGAGCGUUUCAAAAUUAUGGUGGUGCAUACACAACUUACGUUUUUGAAUUUUAUCAAAAAUGAAUAGGUCUUUUUGGAAAUCCUAAAAUUGUUAUCAGGUACUUUGUACCGUAAAUAUAUUCUCUUAUUGAUAUAUCAGAUAUUAAAGUCUGUGAUUCUCUGGUAAUUGUUUAAAAUUUUUGUUAAAAUAAAAUGAGAUUUUAUAUCAAUGUAUUAUUCACGUUGUUUUGCGUUAUAAUUGUGACAUUUAAUAGCAAUUGCAGAUACUUAUGACUUUAAUGUCUGAUAUCUCGUAAUGGCAGUGAAAAGUGCGGAAUGAAAGAAUAUUUCGUGAGAAAGAAAGAUUCGAAGAAAGCCUGUAAAUCGGUUAGAGAUAAAAUUUUUAUUAUGUGUGUAUGUAUAUACGUAUUUACAUACACACACAUAUAAUAUAAAUUGUUUCUCUAACAACACUGAUUUACAGGUUCUUCUUGAAUCACUAAAUAUUCUCUCGUGCGUGUGUGUAAUAAUUUAUAUAUAUUUUGCUAGAAAUAUAUUUACUAUAGUAUGUAAGUGUAUUAGUAAACAUUCCAUACGAUAUUACAUAUUUUGAAACUCUAAAAUAGUAUACUAGAUUCUUUUAUACACGUGGAAUUUAUUACGCGCAAGUAUGUUACAGUCUGUGUGUGUAUGUGUGUGUGUAAAUAAAAUUUCAUUAUAAAUUAUUCGCGAACGAAUAUGGGACAGUUCACCGUUAAUUCAUUUUGUCAUGAAUUUAUCUUUCUUUUUUCUCUCUAUAAUUAUGACAUAUAAAUUUCAUCUAAAAGUUAUUAUAUAUGAAUUAAUUUCUACGGAGUUAUAUGUGAAUCAAUUUCUAUUUACACACAAAACUUGUUUUGCUCUAUUUAACAUAUUGGGUAAAAAAAUGUACACGCACGUAUAUGUAGCGUUCAUUGCACUUAAUACAUGUCAUUAUGUGAUGUGUAUUAGUAUGUUCGUCAAUUUAACGAACCUUAACGUAUACGAAAGUGAUCUAUACCACUAAUUCAAUCGUGUGUAACUGAUAUUUUAUUAUAUCGAGAAAGUAUGCACAUUAAUAAUCGGAUGGUUUUGGAAAGUAUCCGAGAUAAUAACGGAGAAUGAAGAUAGUCGAAUUAAACACCGGUCCUGUACGCUCACACGGCUUGUGAUUUAACUGUGGUGUCGGCGGUAUUUACUCUUUUCAUAGCUAUGGCUUACGGCCUUUAAUAUUUUUGUGAUGAUGUAGUUGGUAAGAUCAUUGAGACACAGAUGGAUAGAAUGAUGUACUAUAACUUGAGCAACGGCUUUAUCGGAAAUGCACCUUCUUACCGAUUUUAUUCUUGUAGAUGGCUGAUAUUACAUACAUAUAUGUGUAUGUAUAUAUAUAUAUAUAUAUAUAUAUAUACACGCACUGCCAUGUCAAUAACUAGAACUUUCAUCAUUGGUAUCGUGUAAUUAACGUGCUUUAAAAGAGAAAAAGAUAACGAUCCUCACGUAUGUAGUCGAUCUUGAUUCUUGUUGCAUGGAUCGCAAACUAUUGUUUUUGUAAUUUCACUUCUUUCUCUUGCCACGUUUUUUAAUUAAUAAUAUUAGAAUAAUGGGAUAUAGCUAUAUAGAUAUGUACAUCGACAUGCGGGAGGCGGUCAUUAUUACUAUUCCAGAAUCUAAUGUCUACAGAUAUGCGAUUUUGGUUAUAAGACAUGUGGUUUUGUGGAGGUAUACACUUUGCUCCUGUACUUUAACUAUUAUACGCGUGAAAGACUGCAUAACGCAUCCCCGGUUUCUUUUUCCCCAGUUUUCUUUCUAUAUAUGAUAUUUUUUCUUUGUGUAUGACACAUGUUAUAAAUCAAUAAUUGUUUCUUCAGACAUUAUUCUAUACAAGAAUGCUCUCCUCGCUCUCCUUUCUCUCGAAUCAUUUCGUAAAUUUUCCCCUUUUGCAACGCCUGAUUCUAUAUAAUUAUCUUACUUUCCACAAGAGACAGAUACAGUAAAAUCAUAUAGAAUUGGAUCAAGUAAUAAUAAUAAUAAUAAUAAUAAUAUACAUAAAGAGCGCAAAUAUCAUCUUAGUUCUAUUUUGUCAUAGCAGCUGCAGAAAAAUAUCUGCCAACAUACAUUAUUUAUUAGACAUUCUAAAUCCGAUUCUUGUCUAUUAAUAACGUAAUCAUUCGAGAAAAUAUAUUAUUUAAAAAUAAUUGAGGAUCAUCCAUUUUUUUUUUUUAAGGAAAUGAAUUUCGAGUAUAAUUGCAAAGUAGAUAAUUGUUCUUUAAUCUCGGGCUACUCAGAAUGAAAUGACUAUCAUUUAAUAUAGAUAUUACCUAUGAUUUUAUAAGGGACCAACAAAUAAAAUACAAUAUAAUUAAUAUUAAUAAUAAUAUUGUAAUUGUCUAUUAAUAUUGUAAUUGUCGCUAUUAAUUGUCAGUAAUCGGACAAAAGAAAUCAUAAUAAUAGUGAAGACGCAUAUAUUGUCAAUCAUUUUGAUUAGCGUUCCGGGAUUACUAUAUAAUUGGAUUGUGCAUUUCUGAAAUCCUUAAAAUAUUGGGGCCGUAUCAUUCGAUUCGAUUUUACGUAGCAUUACCUAAUUCUUAUCAUAGACAUAGCAACAGCGAGACGAUGCGAAACGGACUGGUGUGUUACCAAGUCAGGCUAUUUGUGUAGAUAAUAUUGGAUACGUAGUGGAUGCAAAUUGAACGAUGAGGGAUCUCGAUAUGCACUAAUGUCAUUUCCGCAUCGUUCCAUAGGGGUGCAUCUCGGAGUGUUUAGUAUAAGUGUAUAGAGCGCGCGUGCAAAUGUUCUAAGCAUAACCAAACAAUUAACACGCAAACAUAACGAAUAUGUACACAUAUACACUAUAUAUAUAUUUUGUGUUAUAUACAUAUUUUUAACACACACAUAAACAUACAU